ACGUGAUCCAAAACACAGCGGCUGUCUAAUCAGAAAAGGGCGACGACAGGACAGGAUCGUCCGAAGAAAAAGGGGAAAAUCUGUCCCUUUGAAGUUUAUUGCAGCCUUAUCGAAAAGAAAAAAAGCUGGAGUGAAAAUAUGGAUUAACUGGUGUGAAAAACUCGCAAGAAAAACAUUGGUCUGGGUGCUGAAAAACCCGUGUGCACUGAAAAUACGAUUGGAAGACGACAAUUUUUGCUGCGGUUCAGGAGAUUGCAAAACAUUAGCCGUAAAAAUGAAUCUUCACGAGCCGGUCAAUUUUACGAAUAGGAGCUUCGACGAUCUCACACCAGAGGAAAAGAUGAGAGUCGAGCACAUGGAAAUGCACGGAAAGCAUAAAGGCCAUGAAUCCAUGCACGCGGAGAUGGUCGUCAUCCUCUUGGUUACGCUCAUCAUAGCACAGGUCGUACUAGUCGAAUGGAAGAAACGGCACUAUAAAUCAUACUCGCUUAUGACAUUACUAGCAUUAUGGGUGAUACCGUUUGUGCUGAGCUUGCGCAACCAGUAUUGGCGGUUCAUUUUCUUCUGGCUGAUAUUCAGCUGCAUCACUGCGCUAGUUAUGCGCAAGGCGAUGAAAAAACCGGUGGCUGGUACCACCCCACGGUUGGUGUACAAAUGGUUCUAUUUCAUCUACAAACUGAGCUAUGGCUUGGGCAUUGUCGGCUACAUCAUCAUGAUGUUUACCUUCUUCGGACUGAACUUUGUCUUUAAUCAAGCACCGAACGUGUGGAUGGACGUCGGGCUGCUGUUUGUAUUCUAUGGACUGUACUACGGAGUGCUCGGACGUGAUGUGUCGGAGAUUUGUACAGAUAAGAUGGCAGCGCAUAUUGGGUAUUACACACCGAAAGGCAUUCCAACGCGUCAUCUGGAGCGCAACGUGUGCGCCGUGUGCGGCAACCAACUGCUGACCGACGUCAACGAGACGGGUGUUAUCGAGGAUACCUACAAGCUGUCCUGUGAUCAUGUUUUCCACGAGUUUUGCAUACGGGGCUGGUGCAUCAUCGGGAAGAAACAAACCUGUCCGUACUGUAAGGAGAAGGUCGACCUCAAAAAGAUGUUCUGCAAUCCCUGGGAACGACCGCACGUGCUGUACGGGCAACUACUGGACUGGAUCCGGUGGCUGGUAGCGUGGCAGCCGCUCAUUCUUUUCAUCGUCCAAGGCAUCAACUGGGCACUAGGAUUAGAAUAGCAACUUGGUGCUGUUCUGCUGCUGCUGCUGCCGCAUCACCAAACACAACCGUACCAGCAAGUUGCUCCCAUUUCAUCUGUAUCUUCGUCGCCAUCAACGUCAGUAUAUUUUCUGGUAGGAAGAAGCAUCGACACCAAAACGCGCGUCCAACAAAGAAUAGUGAUUUAGAGAACUAGUUUACCAAUUUGUUUUUAACGAUUUUGUGAAAAUAUAUCUCCUAAUUUUGGUUGCCAAACCAACUGUUCUGUUGCAUGACGCAUUUACGUAAAAUAUCAAACUGUAUUACUGAUCCAGACUAUGGUUUUAAUUGCUUGCCACUAGCUGAGAAACAAGGGCCGUUUGCAUACGUGUGAAUGUUUAUAUGAAUUGUGGAAAAAUGCACCUUACUGCACAGUAAAUAAUGUUUCUGUAGAUUCUGGACUAGUGUUUAAUAAAUUGAAAUUUUGAAAAAAGGAAAA